ACGCUCAGUUGCUUUGGAGCGAUUCUUUGAUGCAGACGAACAUCGGAGUUUGCGGAUUGUAAUAAUAGAGCCAAGCGGAGAGAGCGAAAAAGACAGAGAGAGAGAUAGAGAGCGAGAGCGAGAGGGAAGGCACCAGCGAAUAUCGAGCAUAAAGCAAAGCCCGCAACACGUGAAACAGCCAGCAGCCAAUUGAUUUCAAUUUCGAUUCUUAAAGUGAAGUGACCAACAACGUGCGAUUAACGAGAUGUCCACCACCACAACAGCAUCCAAGGGCUAUAAGCUCGGCAAGGUCAUCAUCGAGGGCAAAACCAAACAGGUGUACGAUCUGCCAGAGCAGCCAGGACUUUGCCUGCUCCUCAGCAAGGAUCGCAUCACCGCCGGCGAUGGUGUCAAAGCACAUGAUCUGGCCGGCAAGGCGGAGAUCUCCAAUACCACCAACGGUCAGGUCUUCCGGCUGCUCAACGAGGCAGGCAUUCGCACCGCCUAUGUGAAGCAGUGCGGCGCCAAGGCCUUCAUCGCCCGCAAGUGCCAGAUGAUACCCAUUGAGUGGGUGACCCGUCGCCUGGCCACCGGUUCGUUCCUCAAGCGCAAUGUCGGCGUGCCCGAGGGCUACAGGUUCUCGCCGCCCAAACAGGAGACGUUCUUCAAGGAUGAUGCCAACCACGAUCCCCAGUGGAGCGAGGAGCAAAUUGUCUCCGCCAAGUUCGAGCUAAAUGGCCUGGUGAUCGGCCAAGAUGAGGUGGACAUUAUGCGUAGAACCACACUGCUGGUCUUCGAGAUUCUCGAGAGGGCAUGGCAGACCAAGAAUUGCGCCCUGAUCGACAUGAAAGUGGAGUUCGGUAUCUGCGACGAUGGCAACAUAGUUCUGGCCGAUAUCAUUGAUUCCGAUUCGUGGCGCUUGUGGCCAGCGGGUGACAAGCGUUUGAUGGUCGACAAGCAGGUGUAUCGCAAUCUGGCAUCGGUGACGGCCAGCGAUUUGGAUACCGUAAAGAGGAACUUCAUUUGGGUGGCCGAACAACUGGCUGAUAUUGUGCCCAAGAAGGAUCACCUGGUUGUCAUUCUGAUGGGCAGUGCUUCCGAUAUAUCGCACAGCGAGAAGAUAGCCACCAGCUGUCGAUCCCUCGGCCUUAAUGUGGAACUUCGCGUGAGUUCGGCCCACAAGGGACCGGAGGAAACGUUGCGCAUUGUCCGCGAAUAUGAAUCGGUGAUGAGCAACUUGAUCUUUGUGGCCGUCGCCGGGCGAUCCAAUGGACUGGGUCCAGUCGUUUCCGGCAGCACCAACUAUCCGGUAAUCAAUUGUCCGCCCGUCAAAUCGGACAACAUGCAGGUGGACGUGUGGUCCAGCUUGAAUCUGCCAUCGGGGCUGGGCUGUGCCACAGUUCUCUAUCCAGAGGCAGCUGCUCUGCAUGCGGCCACCAUUCUGGGGCUGGGCAACUUCAUGGUCUGGUCGAAAUUGCGUGUCAAGGCGCUCAACAACUUUAUCACUCUCAAGAAGGCCGACAAGGAGUUGCGCGGCGUGCGAAAUGCUUAGUUGCUGGUUAUCAUAGCUUAUGGUGGGAGAUAUCAGCAUUGGAUAUCAACCAGGAGGCCAUAUAUAGAGAAUCCUUCCCUGAUCAUUGCCGUUCGGCGAUCAUCCAGGGAUCCCAUAAAGGUCAUCAUCAGAUCACAUACUUUGUUAAUUCUUCUUUCUCCUAUUUUUUUUUUUUUGAAACCAAACAUUUUUUUAUUAGUAUUAGGAAAGCAUGACUUCAACUUGUUGUACCACGUUCUUGACAGGUUACGAACUCGAAAUAACAAAAAAUAAAAAUUACAUUUUAAAUGUUACGCACUUUGAGCUGAAUUUUUUAUAAAUAUAAAAGAAAUAUAGCAUGGAUUACACGUAAAUGUGAUUGAAUGUUUCUCCAUUUUUGGAGUAAAAACAUUCCCUUUCUUGGACGCAACUUUAAAAAUAAUUGUCUGAGUAUGGAAUGCCAUAUCUCGUCGAGCUCGUAAUUAAAUUUCCAAUUCAACUGUGUCCAAAAAUUGUAUUUCUAUUUUUUUGCCAUUUUUUGUAAAUUUACCUUACCAAAAUAUGCAAAAAUUGGUCAAAAAAUAAAUUUUUCUAAAUCCUUGAAAAGGUGAUAGGGAUUGUUAGCAUUGGUAAUUAGCUGCUCAAAACAGUUAUUCUUUUGACUUUGUGUUGAUUUUGAGCAACGUUUAGAAGAAAUCUGCAUUCGUUCCCUAGCCAAUUUUUAAAUUGAUUUAGUUUGAAUUUAGAACCGACAAUAAGUUUUUUUUUGUUUAUUUUUGCCAAUUUUUAGUUCAAACUAAUUAGUAGCAUACUUUUGGGCUGAGACGAUGACGAUUUGAAUGACUAAACUGUUGCACUUUUUAAACGUGAUUCUUGGCUCUAUUAAACAAAACAAAAAACGGGAAUUAGCCAUGUGUAUAGUUUAUAUAUUAAAAUAGCAUCUAGAAUGCUAAAAAAAAUGUAUUAAAAACCACGUUUGGAGAAAAGAGAAAUUGUAGAUAAAUUUCCAAAAAAUGUAAAUAAAAGAGUUAUUUAUC